AUCGUCGAUUAUUUCAUUCUCUUGGAAUUCGUCGCAAAAAAAUGAAAGCAAAGUUCGUCAAGCUCCUAAUUCUAUUCCCGCGAUAUAUUCGGGUGUGCGUGUAGUAGUUUAUGCGAUUCUGGCGAAAGGCAUCGAACCUAAAAAAAUUAUAAAUCUUUCGGCACAAUCUCCGGAUAGCCCGAUUAAACUUGAUGUUAAAGUAGAUCCGGUAACUCUUCAAGGAUCGAAAAUACAUACUUUAGCUGCUCGGAAACUAAUUCAGGAUUUGGAAGAAGGAGCCUCCUAUCUGCACGCGGAUUCCACAGGAAAAGAGAAAGUUUUCAAUAACCUUGUCAAAAAACAAAUUAUUAAUUUAGGUAUUACUUUCAGCCUUGCGUCAAGACAUACCAGUUUUCUAGCAAUUAACGAGAAAACUAAUUCGGAAAUCGCUAGGAGUGAGACUCUCAAGCAAAAAAGAGAAGUUCCGGGACAUGUACGAACUUUUGCUAGAAAAUCGGCAAUUAUUCCUCGUAGUUUAAACUUUUCGGCGACAUCUGGGAGAAUGGAAAAACUUGAUAAUAAUAACGUAAGCAUUAUGUCAAUGUCAGACGAAGACGAGCUCACUUCACCAAUUCUUCCUGUAUCAGUACCAAGUUUACAAGCUCAAAAGCAAGAACUAUCACCACCAUUUGACAUAAAGUCACCAAAUAUUGAAACAUUAUACGAAUUUUUAAAAUUCCAAUCAUUCGAUGGAAAGUUCGUUGCGAAAAAUUCGAAUUUCUCGAGCUUAUUUUCCGGUCACGAUUCAAUGAAAGAUGAAGAUUCGGUGUGGACGACAGCUGUGGCAAUGGCUUAUUUGGAAAUUGUGAUGAAGGAGUUUAAAGAGGAAUGGGAAUUGUGUUUUGAAAAGGCGGAACGCGCAUUAACGGAUUUAAUUGGUAAAAAUGAUGAAAGUAAGAAAGUUGAGAAUAUUUUGGCGGAAGCUCAUGAAUGGGUGCAAAAAUGGGUUGCAAGUAAAUGA